AGUCUCCCUGUACUGUUAUGUUUUCUUCAAUCUUCAUAAUCAGGCGUUUAAACCCCAACAAAACCCUAAUUCCUCUAAUAAUUCACUCAAUUUCAACAAAACCCACUUCAAAUCCCCUCUCACGACCCCAACAAAACCACCAAAAUCACGACCCAGAAACCGUUCACGAAACCCUCUCAUGUUACACCAACGACUGGAAAUCCGCACUCGAUUUCUUCAACUGGGUCGAAAAAGAAUGCAAAUUCAAUCACACCACUGACACAUACAAUCGCAUCAUCGACAUUCUUGGUAAGUUCUUCGAAUUCGACAAAAUUACGGAGUUAAUCGAAAGAAUGCCAUGCUCAAUACCUAAUCAUACCACUUAUCGAAUCUUGUUUAAGCGUUAUGCAUCUGCUCAUCUCGUUAAUUCAGCUAUACAUGCUUAUGAUAGUUCAGAGAGAUUUAGUUUGAAAGAUGAGACUUCUUUUUGUAAUCUAAUUGAUGCUUUGUGUGAGUAUAAACAUGUAAUUGAGGCUCAGGAGUUGUACUUUAAGAGUAGGAGUAAUGAGAUUGGGGUGACGAAUAGAACGAAGAUUUAUAAUAUGAUAUUACGCGGGUGGUUUAAGAUGGGGUGGUGGAGUAAGUGUAGGGAGUUUUGGGAGGAGAUGGAUAGGGACAGAGUGUGUAAGGAUUUGCAUUCGUAUUCGAUUUAUAUGGAUAUUUUGUGUAAAGGUGGGAAGCCGUGGAAGGCGGUGAAAUUGUAUAAGGAGAUGAAGGGGAAAGGAAUGAAGUUGGAUGUUGUUGCAUAUAAUAUAGCUAUACGUGCUAUUGGUUUGUCACAAGGUGUGGAUUUUGCGGUGAGGGUGUAUCGUGAUAUGCGGGAGUUGGGUUGCGUGCCAAAUGUUGCGACUUAUAAUACGAUUGUAAAACUUUUUUGUGAAAAUGGGAGGUUUAAGGAAGCUUAUAAAGUGUUGGAUGAAAUGAAUAAGAAGGGUGUUACGGCUGAUGUGAUAACUUAUCAUUGCUUCUUUGGGUAUCUCGAGAAGCCUAAAGAGAUUCUUUUUCUUUUUGAUAGGAUGAUAGAGAACGACGUUCGGCCACGGAUGGAUACGUAUGUGAUGCUUAUGAGGAAGUUUGGGAGAUGGGGAUUUCUUCGACCGGUACUUUUAGUUUGGAAGAAGAUGGAAGAACAAGGGUGUAGUCCUGGUGAAUUCGCGUACAAAGCGUUAAUUGAUGUUUUAAUCCAAAAGAACAUGUUAGACUUAGCUAGAAAGUAUGAAGAGGAGAUGCUGGAAAGGGGGCUUUCAGCUAAGCCAAGGCCAGAGUUAAAGGAACUGGAAGGAGGAUAACUUUUGUAGAUAAAUCCAGAAUCAUCCUUGGCGAAGAGCAGAGUUAUAAGUUAUUAUUUUGGAUUCCUGUGCUUAGCGUUGAAUGCUAAAGCAUUCUUCUAGUAGAACCAACCAAUGGUUGGAUCAAUCAUCCUAUUAUGCUCUGAAAUUAUUUGCUGCAUACGGCAUAUCAUUUUGGAAAGGUCCCACAUCCUAAUUCUGCUGGAGUUUUUGAGCUUAUGACAUGUUCUGGGAUCUGAUUCGGAAAACUGGUUUCCUUGUCGGAACAUUUCACUGACAGUUACUUUAGCCUUACUAACAACAAGCUGCAAUGGGUUUUUGUCCUCCGGCCGAGGCAGUGGCAUCUAGGGAAGUUCAUAGUUACUCGGUGAAACACGCUCCUUUCUCUUUUGUGCGUUAGAGACUAUAUCUGAGGAAUUAGUCGAAUGAUUCAACUGGAACGAGUGCUUACUGAGUAGAUUGAGCAAUUAGCAAAAGCUGAGAAGUAAGAACUUUUUAAACCACAUUCUUACUUUGUUGUAGUCAUGUAUUUCAAGAUACACAAUUCUUGAUGUUAUUUUUUGAACAAUUAUUGAAUUUGUUAUAAAAGAAUUAAUACUUGUUUUGCUGCUUAAAUUAUACUUUGAAUUCUACCAUUAGGUGUAAGUAAGAACUUUUUGAAAUUUAUCUCUCUUUGACA